AUGUCAUCUGGGUCUAGCUCCGUUUGUGGAUUAGCGCCAAGUCACGAGGAGGGGAGGAGCCUAAACCCGAUUAGUCCAAGCCCUAAGCGAGGGCUUUUUCCCACACACGGCGCGUUUGCCCUGUUCGGGUGUCUAUCAUUGGCGUUCUCCUCUCUUCUUCUUUCCCAUCCCCAACUCUCUUCAAGACACCCAGUCCGGUCAACACCACCCGUCGACAUGUCUACCGCCGAGCUCGCCUGCUCUUACGCCGCCCUCAUCCUGGCCGAUGACGGUAUUGAGGUCUCCGCCGACAAGAUCCAGACCCUCAUCACUGCCGCCAACGUCCCGGAGGUUGAGCCCAUCUGGGCUUCCAUUUUCGCCCGGGCCCUCGAGGGUAAGGACAUCAAGGAUCUCCUGACCAACGUCGGUUCCGCUGGCCCCGCUUCCGCUGCCCCCGCUGGUGGUGCCGCUGCUGCUGCCCCCGCUGAGGCCAAGGCUGAGGAGAAGGAGGAGGAGAAGGAGGAGUCCGAUGAGGACAUGGGCUUCGGUCUCUUCGACUAA